UGAAAUGGCAAUUGACCUUUUCCGGGGAGGGCUUAAAAUGGACUUGCGAGAACAACUUAGAAGAAUGCCAAAACCAAACAGUAUGCCCGAAGCCAUCCAACAGGCUAUUGAAGAAGAAGAAUCUCAAUUAGAAUUUUCCCGCGAAAAAUUAACCAAUGCCCAAGUUGAAAGUAUUAACCAGAUUGGAAGAGUACAAGCCCAACAGAAUCAAAACUAUACUAAUAAUAGAUUCCAAAGAUUUUUGCCCCGAUUUCCAAGAAGACCAAAUUUUCCUAGACCCAAUUUCCAAAAUAAUUACCCACAAAAUUCGCGUUGGAACAAUUUCAACCGAACACCGUACAGAGGUAAUUGGAGAAGUCAACAAAAUAAAUUUAGACCAUACCCACAAAAUUUCCAACAAACUCAAAAUAAUAAUGCUAAUAGAACCCGAUUAAACCCUCAAAACCGUAGAUCUCGCGGUAGAGGAGGGUACAAAAUAAAUGUCGUUGAAAAUAGAAAAUCCCCAUCACCUAUUUUUCCCUUACUGACAUUAAUUAGUGUAAUUUUUCUUCAAAACGCCACAGGCUACCAAGUCUGCCUAAAAGAGGAAAAUCCAACUUUGUUAGCCCCACCUGAAAAAAUGAAUUGUACUGUUCCAAAAGGUAAUUUAUAUGAGGAAUAUGAUGUCGAAAUAUUUGUCCCUCGUAAAAGACCUUAUAUUUUUACUGGAUUUAAAUGCGAAAAAUUAAUUUUUGGAAGAAGCACUUACACAUUUAUGCGAAUUUAUAACACAGAAAUUGAGAUAAAAGAUAUGAUCGAGUCAGUAUCGGUAGACGAGUGCUGGAAACUAAUCAAAAAAGGCCGACUAGGAAAUAAAAUAUUAGAAAGAAUUGACGAAAACACAUUAAGGUCUAUAACUAAUUUAAAGAUUGAUUGGG